UUCAGUCUAUACUAUUACAUUCUUUGAUAACCUGUAGAAUUCUACUCUUUGUCGACUUGAAACCAUCCAACACCAUGAUACCUGUUUUCUAGCUUGCUUCAUUUGCAUAUCAGUUCUGUGUUUAAUCUGUAUUAAUUCUGCUGGUGACCAAGAUAGAAGAGGUCCAGUUAUGAUCUCCUGAACACCAUCUCAUGGGCGAAUUCUGGACCAAACUUGAAUCACUGAAGGAUGCACGACAGCUGUGGCAGGGCUUAAAUGCUAUCACAUCUUACAAAGUGAAACCAAAUGACAUAGGUGACAACAGUGAUUCACUCCCUGAUGAGCUCAAUGCCUUCUGUGCUGACUUUGACCAUCAGAACAUGGAGGAACAACCACAGCUCCGAUGACCUUGCAAUUUCAGUCUCUGAGGCUGAGUUGCUAGCUCAGUACACAUCCCAGCAUGGAUGGAAAGCAUGCAAGGGGCUGCUGGAUUCGAACCUGGGUCCAUUUGCCUCGAAGUCCAGUGCUGAGGCCACUACACUGCUGACCGGCAAACACAAGAGAUAAGUAAUUUAAUUUUAAUGCCUGAUGGAGCAAAGGCACUCGAAUAACAAUACAGUGUGUAUCUUAAGACCAGACUUGAUCAAAAAUCUUGCUGAACUCUCUUGGGUGCAACAAAUAUUGAGAAGGAAUUCAGGGUUUUAUUGCUGUGUAGUGCCAAUUAUUUAUUGUACAGCAAACAGUAUGGUUUCAAUACCCCAGGCUAUGUCUGACAAUGAGGUCAUCAACAUUUCCCUUGAGUGUAAGAUAAAACCAUGGUGGUGACAAGGGUGGGGCUGCCAUGAGGCUGACGGAGGUUACACACUGCCAAUGAGUGUAGAAUGUAUAAUGUGACAGUCGAUGAUAAGCAGGGUUACAAGCACCAUGUACCUGCAGUGUCAGUCACAUCUGAUAAAUCUUACAGGUAACAAACUCUGGAACAAAGACAAUGAAUGUCGAAGAAUGAUGAAUUGAGCCUGAUUAUGAUGCCGGUCUUUCCUAAGUCCAGUAAACAACUGAAGAGGAGAAUCCACCCAUUGCCUUCAGUUCAGCACUCUAAUGGGGCUAUUGGAUUCCAGUCACACGCCCAUCCAGGAAAAAGUCUGCAGAAAAAGUCAUUCUGGACAAUGGCCUUGGAGACUUCAGCAGCUCAGCAGGAUUCAUUCUCCGUGGAGCAGCUGAUGGAGAUGACGGACAGCCUGAACCUGCAGCAGGGCCAGACGUGGUCAGUCAACCUCCUGGAGCAACAGAACGUCCCACGAGCAGAUCCAGCCCCACCACUCGAGCCAAACCUGAUCCCUCGCUUUCGGAAGCUGAACUGCUGCUCUGAUGUCUUUCAGUGUACCCUGGUGAAUAUUCCACAGACUCAGGCAUUGCUGAAACAAGUGAAGCUUCCUCUAGGGUUUAUCUGCCAACCAUUCAAAGAUUCCAGAGAGCCUCCGUUGCUGAUUACUGACGUACUCCCUCGCUGCUCAACAUGUGAGACCUACAUCAACCCCUUCAUCACCUUCACCGAUCAGCGGCACUGGAAAUGCAACUGUUGUUUCUCCCUCAACGACGUUCCUGGGAAUUUCCUCUGUGACGCCCUGACCGGUAGUUACUCUAAUCCCUACAGUCGGCCUGAAUUGCAGCAUGCAGCCGUGGAGUUCCUGGUGCCAAUGGAUUAUCAGGCUGGGCGUCCUCGGCCUGUAACAUACCUGUUCGUGUUUGAUGUUAGUGACUGUGCCUUGGAGACUGGUUACCUGGAAAUUGUCUGCAAAACCCUGCUCACGAACAUAGACAGGUUACCAGGAGAUUCACAAACCCGGAUUGGGUUCAUUACAUUUGCCAGCACAGUAAAUUUCUUCCAAUUGCACAACAGUUUGUUUCGACCUCGCAUGAUGGUUAUGGCUGAUACUGACGAUAUCUUUGUACCAAGCGAGAAUGAGAUAUUGGUGAAUCUCCAUCAAAGUAGACAGCUCAUCAUUUCCCUGCUUGAGGAUUUGCCAGGUAUGUUCAGAGACACCCAGAAGAAAGGAUGUGCCUUUGGACCAGCUCUGCAGGCUGCUCAGAAAGUCCUGACUCAUUGUGGUGGACAUGUGUCUGCUUUUCUGACCCAGUUACCUAACACAGGCUGUGGGUCCUUACAACCCCGGGGAGAUCCUGGCGAUUGUACUCUGGGAGUGAAGCACUUGGGGCCAGCUAUCAAUUUCUACAAGGUGCUUGCACUUCAGUUCUGUGGACAGCAGACUGGUGUGGACCUAUUCUUGCUGAGCCAGCAGUAUGCCGACCUUGCCUCUAUAGCUGGUCUCUCCAGGUACACAUGUGGCAACGUAUGUUAUUAUCCAGCAUUCCAUCAUAUCCACAGUCCUGCCAUGGUAGAAAAACUUGGCAAAGAAUUCCAAUGCUACUUGACCCGCUCCUUUGGCUACGCGGGUACACUGAAGAUUCGAUGUACACGAGGUCUCAUUGUGGACACUCUCUAUGGAAACUCUUUCCUGCAAUCAAUGCAGAAGUUGUACCUGCCCUGUGUCUAUCCUCAGGCAGAGUUUGCCUUUCAAAUGAUGAUAGAUGGUGCUACAGCUGAGAGUUCACACGUGAUCUUCCAAUCCUCUCUUCUCUACACUUCCUGCCAAGGUGAAAGGCGUGUUCGAAUCUACACCUACUGCCUCCCGGUGGUUAGCUCCUUAAAGGAGGUUUACGCAGGAGCCAAUGUCGGCGUCAUUGUGGGCUUUCUUUCCAAGAUGGCUGUGGAUCGUUCUUUAAGGUUCUCCCUCUCUCAUACUCGAGACGAGUUGAUCAAAGUUCUCACUGAUGUCCUGGUUGCCUAUCGUACCUCACUGUGCAGUCAACAACAGAACACACUGCCUAUCCCACACACCCUGCUGCAGCUUCCACUGUACGUCCUGGCCCUACUCAAACAGCCUGCUUUCCACACAAGUCAUGCUAUGAGCCUGGAUGAGCGGGUCUUCAGGAUGCUACAGCUGAUGGAGCAGCCGUUGAGGUUUGUGCUGCGAAUGAUUUACCCAGAUCUGUACCGGAUUGAUGAUUACCUCAACAGGCAGACUGCAGACAAUCAGGUGGAAAUGGACACCAAGACAAUAAAGAGGCCAGCUCUGAUGCCACUCUCUGCAGAGAGUCUUACAAUGGAAGGAGCCUUCCUAAUUGAUUGUGGUCAUGUUCUGUACAUCUGGGUCGCCAGACACUGCAACACUGCUUUCCUCAGCGAUGUACUGGGCGUGACCAGUUACACUUCACUGCCUGGAACUCUGACCUUGCUGCCCAUUUUGGAAAAUCCAGCUUCUAAACUCAUCCACGUGUUACUGGAAUCCUUAAGGAAGGAGAGACUUUACCAUGCACCUUGUUUCAUCAUCAAGGAUGACAGUUCAUCACGGUCCAUAUUCAUCACUCAUCUGAUCAAUAACCACACGGAAUCAGCAAUGUCCUACUAUGAAUUUCUGCUUCACCUGAAGGAGCAGGUAUGAAAGCAGAAACCCAAAUGGCUCCAGAGAUGACUGGUUCACCCAAGGCUGUCCACCGAAGUAGCAAAAAAAUUUUUCUCUCAUUUUAAACUCUUUGGUUGCAUUUUGAUCAGGCAGGUUUUGAAAUGAAAUAGAAAACACUUCCAGGAUGCUUCAUAGGAUGUGUGUAUAAAACCAAGUUUAUCGUCACCUGAUUGGGGAGUUACCUGAAUGAAGCACGGAAGGGCGGGGAUAUCAGGUAUCAAACCCCACCCCUUAACCCCAGUACACUUGGAAUGUUGGUAGUUCAUGGCAUGCAUCUUAGAUGUUAGAAUAAACUGAAUAAUCUAUUUAGGAUUGGGGUGAUUGGACAGUCAGCCUGUCUAUUAAGCCUGUAGACCCUCUUCUGAAGAAAGGGUGGAUUUUAUGCACUCUGUUUGUAACCUGUAGCUGUCUGUUCACUGUAGUUUACUGAAAAAAUAACCUAAUUAAACCUCAUUCACCCUACCAUAGAUUCAGUCAUAAACUCUGUUACUGCUGUAAAGCACACCUAGCCUACUGUUUGCAGUAGACCCCUUUUGUUAUUCAUACUAAACUAUGUUUGUAGAUAAUGUUCUGUUUGCUGUAAAUUAAACUGUUUGAUAUGUCUGGCAUAAAGGUCAUCCCACCUCCAAUUUACCAUCUGAUAGAAUACAUUUUGACACUUGGCUUCAACACCAAGUUAUAAUCGGAUGUUCCGGUACACAGAUAUUCAGAAAUCAAAUAGUGUACAUGAUAUACAUUGCAACGUCAAAGAGAUAGUAUGACCAGAGAAAGGAUACAGCACAGAUUCUUGUCAACAGUUCCAGAAAUAAGACCUUGUUAAUGCAAUUAUAUAUUAAAGAUAAUCAUGUAGGUUGUUUCAGGUUGUUCUGAUGUUAUGAAAACACAUAUAAUUGGAAGAUUGUUCUAGAAUCAUGUGGAAAACCCUGGAUAAUUUCUGACCUUUUCUCUGGAACAGGUGGGAUAAGCAAAGAUCUAAGACAAUUUUUGAAAGUUAUGAAAAAAUAUUGAAAGAAUAAAUA